CGGCGUGGCGCUCUUCUGUCGUAUUGAGCAUAUCUUCAACACCACAACUUCAUACCAUUAUUGCGAGUGAUACCGGGAUUCCAUAGAGGCAAUAGAAUGGCUUUCGCACUCAAGGGUGUCGCCUACAUCACAGGUGCUGGCUCAGGAAUUGGACAGUAUGCUGCAUAUUCGCUUGCACGCCAGGGUGUACGCUCCUUCGCCCUGCUCGACCGCAACUCAGUCUCCAACACCGCCUCCGAGCUGAAGAAGAUCGCACCGGAUGUCUCUGUCCUCGAGCUGGAAUUGGACGUCGCGAGCGAAGACGCCGUCAAUAACAGCGUGGACCAGACGGUCAAGAAAUUCGGUCGGCUCGACUAUGCGCUCAACAAUGCAGGCAUUGGCGGAGCCCUCAAGACGACCGACCAGAUCCCCAAGGACGACUUCGAACGGGUGCUUUCGGUCAACACUACGGGCGUCUGGCUGUGCCAGCGGGCUCAGAUCCGCCAGAUGCUCACGCAGGACAAACUACGUGACUCCCCUCGCUCAUAUCGCGGAUCGAUUGUCAACACCGCAUCCAUGUACGGCAUCCUAGGCCCAUCACUGAACGUCCCAUCGACAGCCUAUGCCACGAGCAAGCACGCCGUUAUUGGAUUGACGAGAGCAGAUGCCAUCGCUUUUGCGCCGAAGGGUAUCAAGAUCAAUGCGCUGUGUCCCGGUUAUGUAGCCACUCCGCUCGUGAUGAGCUCGAUGAAUGUAGGCAGCGUUAUGGACGACGAGCGCGUGAAGGUGCCCGUCCAACGGCUGGCGACGAUGGAGGAAAUUGGGGAUUGUGUAUCUUUCCUCCACUCAGAAGCGAGCAGUUACAUGAUCGGAGCUUCGUUGGUGGCGGAUGGUGGGUUUACGAUACAAUAG